GAGGAGACUGAGACAGGGACAGAGAAGUAGUAGUAACCGUUGAAGACGCUAUCUGGAGCAGUAGUCCGUUUCUUUACCGCUGUCGGAUCGGGGAGGCGGAGAUUCAGAAUCCAACCUUUUCUCCCUCUCCCCACCGGUGAGAUUUUUUUGAUCUUCAGCUAUACUUGUGGCUGUUUGACCCUUGCCAUCAAACACCAUGGCCAGCAAUGUCACCAACAAGACUGACCCCCGUUCCAUGAACUCCCAUGUCUUCAUUGGGAAUCUCAACACUCUGGUUGUUAAGAAGACUGAUGUCGAAGCCAUUUUCUCCAAGUAUGGCAAGAUUGUGGGCUGCUCCGUUAAUAAGGGUUUUGCCUUUGUUCAGUAUGUUAAUGAGCGAAAUGCCUGUGCUGCUGUGGCAGGAGAGGGUGGCAGAAUGAUUGCUGGCCAGGUGCUAGAUAUUAAUCUGGCUGCAGAGCCAAAAGUGAACCGAGGAAAAGCAGGUGUGAAGCGUUCUGCAGCGGAGAUGUACGGCUCUUCCUUUGACCUGGAUUAUGAUUUUCAACGAGAUUAUUAUGACAGGAUGUACAGUUACCCAGCCCGUGUACCACCUCCUCCUCCCAUUGCUCGUGCAGUGGUGCCCUCCAAACGCCAGCGUGUAUCAGGAAACACUUCCCGCAGAGGCAAAAGUGGCUUUAAUUCCAAGAGUGGGCAGCGGGGCUCUUCAUCCAAAUCUGGCAAAUUGAAAGGUGAUGAUCUUCAGACAAUUAAGAAGGAGUUGACCCAGAUAAAACAGAGAGUGGAUUCUUUAUUGGAGAGCCUGGAAAAAAUUGAGAAAGAACAAAGCAAACAAACAGUAGAGAUGAAGAAUGAUAAGUCAGAAGAGGAGCAGAGCAGCAGCUCCCUGAAGAAAGAUGAGACUAAUGUGAAGAUGGAGUCUGAGGGGGGUGCAGAUGACUCUGCUGAGGAGGGGGACCUACUGGAUGAUGAUGAUAAUGAAGAUCGGGGGAUGACCAGCUGGAGUUGAUCAAGGAUGAUGAAAAAGAAGCUGAAGAAGGAGAGGAUGACAGAGACAGCACCAAUGGCGAGGACGACUCUUAAGCACAUGU